GUGUGGUGUCAAUACAUUUCGGUCGAACACAUAACCCUCCUUUUUGCUUCGCUGCGGUCGGAUAAAAACACAAAAUGAAGCAGUUGUUAUGUUUUUUGUUGUUAAUGUUUUUAAUUGAAGUUUUAGAUGCCAGGCGGUUCCGAUGCGACUAUACCUACAGCAAGGAAGCCAAUGGCUACAUCAAGUACCAGGAGAUACCUGCCACCUGGCAUGACGCCCGGCUGAGGUGCCAUCUUGAAGGCACAGUACUAGCGUCCCCUAUCACAACAGAAAUCCGGAACUUAAUGGUUCGCAUGUAUAACGACUCCUCAAAAUCAGGCAUGUGGACUGGAAUACACUCCAUAUUUUCAAAAGAGGACUACACUUCUGUGGAAGGAAUUCGUUUAUCAGAUAUUCCUCACGUCUGGAUGAAAAAUGAACCUGAUAACGAUAACAAUCUCGAAAGUUGCUUGGUGCAGAUACCUGAUGGGAAAUUAGCUGAUGGGAAUUGCAACGAAACCCUUCCCUACUUCUGUUUCAAGAAGAUCACUCCAAGAAUGAGUAUGAAUUCUUGUGGAUCUCCUGACAGUGGUUAUAAUCUCGACCAGCGCACAGGCAAAUGUUACAAGUUCCAUAAGAUGACUCGCAUCUGGUCAAGAGCCUUUAUGACCUGUAUGUCUGAGGGUGGUCAUCUAGCCAUUAUCAACAGCGAAGUCGAGAGCAACAUCCUUAAAGAAAUCUUCGCCAAAUAUCCACCUGGUACAUAUGCUGGCCCAGAGAUUAAUACUGAUGUGGUCUUCGUUGGUUUCCACGAUUGGAAUGAGCGUGGAGAAUAUUUGACCAUUCAUGGUCAAACAUUGAAUGAAGCUGGGUAUGAGAGAUGGAAUCCAGGAGAGCCAAAUAACCCCGACAGUCAGUUCUGUGGCGGAAUGUUCCGUAAUGGUAAUCUAGACAAUUCGUCUUGUGAAAAACGAUCAGCGUUUAUAUGUGAAAAGGAUCCUGAAAGUCUUAUGUGUGACCAUGAUGAAUAA